GGUUAAAUCUGUCAAUGUCAACAAAAGGAAAUCCUCGAUGCGCGCCAAGCAAAUCAAAUAAUGGUAUGCCGGAAGAGUGCUAUAUAGCCUAGUUCUAGUUGUCAACAAGUUCCAUAACUUUAAAAGUUUAUCAUUAUCGAAAGAAUAUUUGAUGCCAUGAAUAAAAAAAAGCCUUGUUACAUUUGGGACGAGAAAUUAAUAGAAGAAUGCGAUCGACUGCCAGCUGUAGGCGGAAGGGCUAGUAUGGUCCAUGAUUUAAUAGAGGCGUACGAUAUCUUGAAGCAUGUAACUGUUGUGAAAUCGUCUCCCGCGACUUACAAUGACUUGAAAGAGUUCCAUUCAGAAUUGUAUCUGGAUCAUUUGAAGAAGUUUACCGACGUUCAGGAUGAUUACAUGGCUACUGCGGAGGAUGAGGAGUGUGGUAUAGGCUAUGACUGUCCUCCCGUGUCCAACAUGUAUGGGUUGGUGUCAACCAUAGCAGGUGGUUCUAUUACUGCAGCCAGGUGUUUGCUGCUGGGCAUUACUGAUGUCGCCAUGAAUUGGUGCGGAGGCUGGCAUCAUGCACAUAGGUUUGGUGCAGAAGGCUUCUGUUAUGUAAAUGACAUAGUGAUAGCUAUUGAAAAGUUAAGGAGGAAGUUCCCUAAAGUAUUAUACAUUGAUCUGGAUGCACAUCAUGGCAAUGGAGUACAAGAUGCCUAUAAUUUGAGUAAAUCUGUGUUUACUCUAUCGUUUCACAAGUUUGAGCCUGGGUUUUACCCUGGCACGGGAAGUAUAGAUGAUAUUGGGACUCAGGGGGGGACGGGCUACAGCUGCAACUUUCCUCUGCAUGCAGGUUAUGGUAAUAAUACUCUGGAGUAUGCCUUCGAGAGGGUGUUCAGCUGUGUUUACAGUCAGUUUGCUCCCGACGUAAUUGUCGUUCAGUGCGGCGCUGAUUCGUGUGCACAGGACCCUAGUGGCGGCGCAAACCUAACACAGGAGGGUUACAGUAAUUGUAUACGCAAAGUGCUUGACAAACGGAAACCCACUCUUUUGUUAGGGGGAGGUGGAUACAGGCAUGACAACACAGCACGUUUGUGGACAUUCCUAACAGCUUUAGUUGCUGGAGUAGACUUAGAUGAGUUGAUACCAGACCAUAGUUAUUGGCCUGAGUAUGGUCCCGAUUAUACUCUACCUAUGGAUGCUACCCUGGUUAAAGACACCAAUAAAAGUGCCUAUAUAGAAGAAUGUAUUGAAAAAAUCAAUGCUAAUCUAACGAAAUAUUUAGCAAAAUAAAUAUUAAAUGUUACUUCAGAACAUCAUCAUAUCAGUCAGUUACUUCAAUCAGUAUGUUAUGAAGCACAAACUGCAACUUCAAACUUAUAAAUCUCCACAUCAAUGCAAUUGUUUGUAUUUAAAAUAUGAAAUAAAGUGCCUAUUACAUUA